UUUUGCCCAACUGUGCCUCUUUCUCUUCUCUUCCUUUCCAACCCCUCCACUUGGACUUGGACAUACUACCAAAUCCAAACCACCAUCCGAACAUCACAGGGACUCGCAACUCCCGCUCGCAGACGAAAAGCAUUUCCUCCUAGUCUUCUGGACUUGCAGACGGUCGCCUUGCAUCGUCUCCAUCGUCCUCGUAGGCGUCGCCUUGAAUCCUUCUCGUCGUGACCCCACGAUCCGAGAUCAUCUCGACCUCUCUUUAGAUACCACAUACCCUCAUCACAAUGGCUCUGAAGCGCAUCAACAAGGAGCUCAAGGACCUUGGCACUGACCCGCCAUCCUCCUGCUCUGCUGGUCCUGUUGGCGAGGAUCUGUUUCACUGGCAGGCUACCAUCAUGGGACCCGGUGAUUCACCUUACUCAGGAGGCGUCUUCUUCCUGAAGAUCCAGUUCCCCACGGACUACCCAUUCAAGCCUCCGAAGGUCAACUUCUCUACUAGAAUCUACCACCCUAAUAUCAAUAGUAAUGGUAGCAUUUGUCUCGAUAUUCUUCGAGACCAGUGGAGCCCUGCUCUGACCAUCUCCAAAGUCCUCCUCUCUAUCUGCUCCAUGCUGACGGACCCGAACCCCGAUGAUCCUCUUGUGCCCGAGAUCGCGCACGUGUACAAGACCGAUCGACCCCGGUACGAGGCGACUGCUCGGGAGUGGACCCGCAAGUACGCCGUCUAGGCUAUACCAACCGGUUUUCUUUUUGGGGGUUUGAAGGCGCUGGGUGUUUGACGUCCUCUAUCACGCAAUGACGGUGCGGCAUGUUUGACGAGCUUCCACGCGCCAUGGCCGGGGCUGAGAGGGGAUGAGAUUUCGAGCAUGGGCAGUUCUGCAAACAUCUUGUGCUGUUCCAUCAUCAUCUUCUUUCACAUGUACCGCGCUAUGAUGCUGGAGGUGAGACGCAUGGCCGGCGGACAAGGUGGCAGACUAGACAGAUAUAUCCGCUAUUCAAGGGCUUAUGCGGCUGGACUUGACUUUGGGCUUGCACAACGACGUUAUACUCUGCAUCCAACAAACAGGCAACUGAUUUUAUGCGUCUCCGAGAUUGUUUUACUGGCAGGUGAUGUGAGGGAUGUGAAUGGCAAUUUCCAAGUUCCACGCA